AAUCAUUCAAACAGCUGCUGUCACUUUGAAGAAACUCUCGUCAGUCGAAAAACAGUUCCAACAACACGAAAAAAAUAUCGAGAGAACGGAAAAAAUCAAAAUAAAAAUAUAAAUUAGUCGCCAGAAGGGAGAAAAGUCCAAAUCGGAGUGAUUAUUUCUGUUGAGAACCGCGUUAGUGAUUUGUACGGAACAAUCGAUUAGCAAUGCAUUUCGUUUGUGUCUGUUCAGAAACGUCGUCAAGGUUGUAGUUGAACGAAGAACAAGGAAAACCUUCCUUCACCUGUCCCAAUCAUGGUUCCCAGUGCGAUGGCCCCAAGUGAAUGGCCACACCGAUGGCUGAUAUUCGGGGGACUGCUGGUGAUGCUGCUGGGAGCCUCAGGCGUCCUUGCCAGCCCUUCAACGGCCACAUCCUCCGCUCCAGCGGCUCUCAUUGUCGUUUCGUAUGACGCAUUCCGGACCGAGUAUCUGAGGCGCAAUAGCACGGCCUUUAUGAACGAACUGCGCCGGAAUGGCACGACGGCCGAAUAUCUGCGGAAUGUGUUCCCGACGAAAACGUUCCCGAACCAUCACAGCAUCGCCACCGGGGUGUAUCCGAAUCAGCACGGGGUCAUUGCCAACGAAAUCUACGAUCACCUCCGGGGGAAGCUCGAGUACUCGUACGAGAUGUAUCACUUCAGUGACGACAUUGUGCCUAUCUGGACACUCAACGAACUGAAAGGCGGUCAUUCCGGCUGCAUGAUGUGGCCGGGAUCAAAUAUGCCCUACACCAAAGCCAAGGUGAAUUGUACGUACGUGAAAGCGUACAAUAUGUCCCUUCCGUGGAACGACCGGGUGGACACCGCGUUCCAGUGGAUCCGAGAUCCUAAGCAACCAGCAAAUCUCGUAAUGCUCUACAUAGAGGAACCGGACUACUAUGGUCACAUUUACAGCCCGGAUUCGGAUCGGGUGGCACAGCUACUCAUCAAACUGAAUGACCUUACCCGAUAUAUUUACGACAAGGUUCGGGAGUUCAACCUUCAGGAGCGGGUAAACGUUGUGCACCUCAGCGACCACGGCAUGGAUUCGCUGAUGCCGAAAAACUUCAUCAACUUAACGAGCUUUGUCCCCACGGAUGUGAAAUACGACCGGUACGGUAACACACCGGUUCUACAGAUUGUGCCAAAGGUGAAGCAACAGACAGCCGAUCUGUAUCGGGCGUUGAAGAAUGCUUCGGAGAAGAAUGGAAACUUUGAUGUGUACACGCUGGAGAAUUUGCCCGCCCGGUGGCAUUUCAACAAUUCGCAGCGAACCGGACCGAUAACGGCGGUGGCCCGGUUGGGAUACGGAUUCGACGAUAUGUGGGACACGGUCGAGUACUAUCGGAAAACGUACAACGUAUCAGUGACUCCGGAAUCCAAGUACGGCGUCCAUGGCUACGACAACGACCUCCCGGUCAUGCAUCCGAUCUUUUUCGGCUAUGGCCCUCGAAUCCGGGAACGAACCAUGGUGGAUCCAUUCGAUACCGUUGAUUUGUACUACCUAUUCUGCGAGAUACUAAAUCUGAAGCCACCGUCCUAUCUGGCGGGUCAACGGCAGCACAUUGCAGGCGUGCUACGAAAUGACUCAAGAGACGACGAUGGCAACGGGGACGGACCCACACGAACCGGUACUCUAGUCGUCAUUUUUGCCGGUAGUUUGGUGGGAUCAUUUGCACUGGUGAGUCUGUUGGCAUACGUUGUCCUCUGGCAAAGGCGCCGCCGGGAGAACAUGGUUCCGCACUAUCUGUACGACGAGGCGGAAUCUUUUUUAGAUGAGGGUAACAAACUGCUGCCGGCGGCCGCCCAUCAGCAGCAGCAACAGUCCCAGUAUCAGCAUCCGCCCGCCAGCAAUCACCGUAGCCAUCAGCACCAUCAUCAACUGCGGUCCAGUGCGUCCAUCAAUGGCGAUGUGGUUUCGAUAGACGUUUGAAGGCGUCCUGGUCGUUGUUCAUUCCUAGUGUUUUCUGUUGUGUUGUCUUCGUUUUAACAUGGGUGUACGUCUCACGUUGUUUCCGUUUUGGCGCCGAGGCAGUUUUUAGUGAACGUAGAAGAAGGUCACAUUAUGUGGUAAGUGUCAUCGAUCGCAUCUACUUCCCUUAGAGAACAUCCCAAGUAAUCGAAUGGUUUCUUUAAUUCGUCAUGCGUGCUAAUAUGGGGUUAUUAUAGAGCUGACAUGCCCUACAUUGGCUGUAUGAUAGCCCCUGAUGGUGUCUCAUAUCAAAUUGCCUUUUUUUCUUUGAUGCAAUUUGAUGUGAACCCUGUAAGCCCAAAAAGAUGAAUUACUUGGGACACUCCUAUCUUAUUCUACGUACCAAUACAUAUCAACUACAUUGUAGCGUGUAGAUUUUAGUUCCAUUGUUUCCGCUCCAUUACCUGUUAACACGAUUGUUGAGAUAAUAUUUUAGAACCCCGAACCUACGAGUAUUCCGACAAUACCUGGCCUAGGGAGCCCGUCCUCCAUUACGUGAAUUGGCAAAAGGGAAAUUUAUUUGGCGAGGACGUUCUCCCAGCCCAUUGAUCCUACCUAGAGUGUUGCACAGUGUUUAAAAUACUUAUUCUUUCUCGUCAAUUAAUGGCCCCGCGGUUCCAGUACUGACUAACAAAAAGGGGGGUGCACCUUUAUCGGAAUUUAGGAACUUAGAUGAGAGUAGCAUUUUUAUCCAUUAUGAUAUCAAAAAAGCACAUACGAAAUAACAUCGAAAUAUGAAUUGAUGAGUCGUUGGACCAGAAUGUAAGACAUACCAACUGUAAAUGUCGGUCGAGGGAAAACUGAACUGAACGAAAGGAACUUCCCACAAUGGUAAUUUAAAUAAAACUACACAAAUUCUUGAUUUACACGAGAAAUUAGGCCUUUCAGUGAAAAUGAGGACAAACGGUAGCUUAUAUUUGCGGAAACGUAUCAACGCCUAUUUCAGUGAAAUCGCGGUGAAAUACUUUUGGCAUUACGUAGAAAAAACCUGUUGAAAUUUAACGAAAAACGAGUGAUUUUUUUGGGCUACGAAGGAGUCCUGUUCAUAUUUCGGUGGAAACUCUUCCUGGCUUUUGGAGGAAAUUCUAUUCGAAAUUUGGAGUAAAUCCUGUCCGGAUUUCGAAGGAAUUCUUGUCAAGAUUUCGGAGGAAAUCCUUUCCAGAAUUCGGAGGACGUGCUGUUCGGAAUUCGGAGGGAAUCCUGUCCGCAUUUCUGAGGAAAUCCUAUCCGGUUUUCGAAGGAAAUCCUAUCCGGUUUUCGAAGGAAAUCCUGUCCGGAUUUUGAAGAAAAUCCUGUCUGGAUUUCGAAGGAAAUCCUGUCCGGAUUUCGAAGGAAAUCCUGUCCGGAUUUCGAAGGAAAUCCUGUCCGGAUUUCGAAGGAAAUCCUGUCCGGAUUUCGAAGGAAAUCCUGUCUGGAUUUCGAAGGAAAUCCUGUCUGGAUUUCGAAGGAAAUCCUGUCCGGAUAUCGGAGGAAACCCUGUCCGGAUUUCGAAGGAAAGCCUGUCCGGAUUUCGAAGGAUAUCCUGUCCGGAUUUCGAAGGAAAUCCUGUCCGUAUUUCGAAGAAAAUCCUGUCCGGAUUUCGAAGGAAAUCCUGUCCGGAUUUCGGAGGAAAUCCCGUUUGGAUUUCGGAGGAAAUCCUGUCCGAAUUUCGGAAGAAAUCCUGUCCGGAUUUCGGAGGAAAUCCUGUCUGGAUUUCGGAGGAAAUCCUGUCCGGAUUUCGGAGGAAAUUCUGUCCGGAUUUCGGAGGAAAUUCUGUCCGGUUUUCGGAGGAAAUACUGUUCGGUUUUCGGAGGAGAUCCUGUCCGGAUUUCGGAGAAAAUCCUGUCUGGAUUUUGGAGGAAAUUCUGUCCGGGAAAAUCCUGUCCGGAUUUCGAAGGAAGUCCUGUCCGAAUUUCGGAGAAUAUUCUGUUCGGAUUUCGGAAGAAAUCCUGUUCGGAUUUCGGAGGAAAUCCUGUUCGGAUUAUGAAAGAUAUCCUGUCCGGAUUCCGAGGAAAUCCUGUACGGAUUUCGGAGGAAAUCCUGUCUGGAUUUCGGAGGAAAUACUGUCUGGAUUUCAGAGGAAAUCCUGUCCGAAAUUCGGUGGAAAUCCUAUCCGGAUUUCGGAGGAAAUCCUGUCCGAAUUACGGAGGAAAUCCGGUCCGGAUUUCGGUGGAAAUCCUGUCUGGAUUUCGGUGGGAAUCCUGUCCGGAUUUCGGAGGAAAUCCUGUUCGGAUUUCGAAAGACAUCCAUUCCGGAUUUCUGAAGAAAUCCUGUUUGGAUUCCGGAGGAAAUCCUGUCCGGUUUUCGAAGGAAAUCCUGUCUGGUUUUCGGAGGAAAUCCUGUCCGGUUUUCGGAGGAUAUCCUGUCCGGAUUUCGGAGAAACUCCUGUCCGGAUUUUGGAGGAAAUUCUGUCCGGGAAAAUCCUGUCCGGAUUUCGAAAGAAGUCCUGUCCGGAUUUCAAAGAAAAUCCUGUCCGGAUUUCGGAGAAUAUCCUGUUUCAGAGGAUUUUUUUUCGGGAUUUUAUAAGACAUCCUUUCGCAAUGAUUUCCAAGAUUUUGAAGGAAAUGGUUUCGGGAUUUCUACAAUCUAAUGGUAAUUCGAAAAAAUGUAUAUACGUUUUAUAAUGAAAUCCCACUCUACUCUCAAUUGAUUUAAUCGAUAAUAUACAUAAGCUUUCAUUUGUCCUAAAUUUCACUCGAAGGUCUAGGGUACACAACAUGCAAUAAAACCAGUGUUACCAGCCAUUUGCCAUUGUUGUUCCAAACUGCUGAUAAUAAAAAUGGAAACGAGACGUCAAAAGUGAAAAAUGGAAGCAAACCGCAGAUCAGCCAUAGUAACAAGUAAUUAUUUAAUAAUUUAAACAUUGUAUAUUCUAAUGCAGACGAUAAUCCGACAUUGAAAGCAUGUACAUAAGGAUAAAACUAAUUUAAAUAUGAAACUCUAUACAGUUAUCUUUAUAUUGCAGCACCUAUCAGUGAAAAUCUAUCGCUAAAUCAGAAGCAAACCAAUCAUUCGAUGGUUAAAUUAAUUUUCCAUCAAUGAAAGAGAAAAAGAAACUAUACGAGAACGAAUAAAACGACAAAUGGUUUGUGAACUCUAAUAAGGUGAUUCGAGACAACCACAAAAGUAGUGGGAAAGUAUAUAUGAAUAAACUUCUUGUGAUAUUUUUUAUACCGAUAGAAGAAAACUUCCUUAAAGUUGUAACAAUACACAUUACCUUUUAAACUAUUGUACUAUGUGGGAUUGGGUAAGCAAAAAAACACACGAAGAGGAUGAGACUAUACGUUUUAAUAAAGUGAUCACUAACAAUUCUUACAACCUAUCGAAACCUGACUUACGUGAUUGAUUAUUUAUAAUGUGCAUAGGAAUUUUUUUCUUGGGAUUAGUCUUUCUUGUUCUUCAACUCCUGUCGGGAGUGCAUACAAACGGUACAUUGCAAAGAAUAAUUCAUUCAUACCAAUUUGCAUAGACAUAACUCAUAACACGGUGACAUAUUGACUAAAGCAGAGUUUUUAUAUAUUUCGGUUUCCCACGAUAUGCUACUGAAGUCACUUGCACACGGAAUACAAGCUGCCGACUAGGUUUCGGUGGUCCCAAGUGUCUCUACUUGAGUGACAAAAUGGUAGCUAAACCAUACAAAACUUAAAUGGUUCAAUAAAGAUACAGAA